UGAGUCCGUCAGCCAAGAAAGCCAAAGUUGGAUGCGCAAGUUAAGAGUGGAACGUUACCCGCCAGCGCACACCAUCCUCACCCCAGACAAGCCAAAGUUGCUAACAUGCGCUGACCCUCACUCCACGAAUGAUCAGCAGUAUAAAACAAUUCGAUUUUCUCAUCAUCAUUUUUCGUUUGGGCAAACGGGAACUGUUUGUUUGGGUCCGAGCUCGAAAGGGGAGAUCAAGUGGCUGACUUAUCCCUUAAGAACAAAUGGAUCUGUGGGCAGUCCACUUGAAGAACGCAACUAACUGUGGGAAUCCUGCUGCUGGGGCUCUCUUGUUGAACAGGAAUUCGAUUCCUGAAAGACCCAAUUCCUGGAAUAUUGGAAAACUCGGUGUCUUCGAGAUCAGGCUUUCGAGGCGACUCCUUUCCUCAUCUGCCCAUCCUUCUUUAACCGUUAAAGCCAUGGCUAAGAAGAACAAUCACGACGAUUCCUCUUCCUCUUCUUCUUCAUCUGGAAAUGGUGAUCAAUCUAUUCCUGAUAGAGACAGUUCAAGAAGAAACAAUUCUUCGGACAGCAAUGAAUCAGAUGACUCUGCUUCCCAGAAGUCCCAUCAUUCAAACACAGAUUGGAGAGAGUUCAGAGCUAUGUUAUAUAAUAAUUACCAGGUAGAGAAGGCAGAGUCUGAUGCUCACAAACAAGGCGGGGCGCCUCAUGUGUCGAAACCUCUUGGCUCAAAAUGGGCCCAUCCUCUUUCAGUGCCUGAGACUGGUUGUGUUCUUGUUGCCACCGAGAAGCUUGAUGGAGUUCGCACCUUUGAACGAACGGUUGUUCUCCUUCUGAGAUCUGGAACCAGACAUCCACAAGAGGGGCCAUUUGGUGUUGUAAUUAAUCGCCCACUUCACAAGAAGAUCAAACACAUGAAAUCCACUAAUAAUGAAUUAACUACUACUUUUUCUGACUGUUCUUUGCACUUUGGGGGGCCUCUUGACGCGAGUAUGUUUCUGUUAAAAGUGGGAAAAAAGUCAGAGUUUCCUGGGUUUGAAGAGGUGAUUCCUGGCCUCUGUUUUGGUGCUCGAAACAGUUUAGAUGAAGCUGCAGAGCUGGUGAAGAGAGGAGUGCUAAAGUCUCAGGAUUUCAAGUUCUUUGUUGGUUAUGCUGGCUGGCAGCUGGAUCAGUUGAGAGAGGAAAUUGAAUCAGAUUAUUGGUAUGUGGCUGCAUGUAGCCCAAAUCUGAUUUUUGGAGAUUUAUCAGACUCUUGGUCAGAAAGUUUGUGGAAGGAGAUUUUGCAGGAAAUGGGUGGUCAUUACUCAGAAUUGAGCCGGAAGCCUAAGCAAGACAUAUAGUUGCCUACAGGUAAUGGGUGAUUAUAGAAUUAAGACAUGAAUCCUGAUGUAUCUUGAUGUGUAGGUAUUUAUGAAACCAAAUGUACAGAAAAUUAACUGGCUAUUUUAGUCAAUAGAACUUUUCAUUCUUCUUUUCUUC